ACCAUGCUAAUUUUGCUCCAAAAGGUCAAGAUAUAAAAUUAAUUCUGGAAUUUAUGAAAAAAAUAACAAUAAGUCUAAAAGACCAACGGCUGGUAGAUGCCCAAGUAAAAACUACUCCGGAACUUCAUCCGAGGAACAGGAACGAAGAAAUAAAAAUUCAAGGCAUUCUUACCUCUCAAAUCCAACUAAGGGGAGAAGGAACUACCGAACCUUACUAUUAUGCUUUUAUCAGAUUAAAGGGACAAACCAUAGAUUUACCCGUAAUAUUUAAGAUAAAAGAUCAGCAAAAACCUUACCCUAAAAAAUCUGAUCAAAUAGAACUAACUGGCCAUUACUCUAAUUCCGAAAAAUCAGUCCAACUACGUAAAGUUUACAAUAAAAAUAGCCCCUACCAUGGUAACACUACCUACAAAAUCCAAGCAAUUAUUGAAAAUAAGGAAGAAAAAGAAAACUUAUUCAUUUAUCCUAAUUUAAAAGUUAUGCCAGAAAGUAAAAAAUUAGCCAAUAAAAUCUCCUCCGAAAUAGAUAAAUUACAAAAGAUAUUAGACAAUGUCGAAGAAGUUAGAGUAAUCAACUCUGAUGAUCCUGAUACUUGA